UCUUUCUUUCUAUAAAUAUAAAUUCGCAAUCUCCUCUCUGCAAGUCCUGCGAAGCAGCUUAGUUGCUUAUCAUUCCCUUUCCAACAAAUUAAAUACGAAAACGAAGCGCAGAGAAAGUCGGCAAUGGCGUUGAUUCCGAACAUUUUCGGUGGCCGACGGAGUAACAUCUUCGACCCAUUUUCUCUGGACAUAUGGGACCCUUUGGAAGGCAUGCAGUUCCCAACCAACGUUGGGAAUGUUCCUUCGCAAGAGACGUCGGCUUUAGCCAACGUGAGAAUCGACUGGAGAGAGUCGCCGGAGGCUCACGUCUUCAAGGUGGACCUGCCGGGGCUGAGGAAGGAUGAGGUGAAAGUGGAGGUUGAAGACGGGAGGAUUCUGCAGAUCAGUGGACAGAGGAGCAGGGAGGAAGAGCACAUAAACGAUAAGUGGCACAGGGUUGAGAGGUCUACCGGAAAAUUCUUGCGGCGGUUUAGGUUGCCGGAGAAUGCCAAGAUGGAUAAUAUCAAGGCGACGAUGGAGCACGGCGUGCUCAACGUGGUUGUGCCUAAGGAGGUGGAGCAGGAGAAGCCGGCGAUCAAGUCUGUCGAGAUCUCUGGCUAAAAAUGAUAAUAUAUACAUAUAUAUGUAACAGCUAAAGCAGAAACUGAAGCCUCCCGAAAGAAAUAGUACGUACAUAUAUAUAUGUAUAUAUAUGUUUGUAUGUAGUGCCUUGUUGUGUGUAGAUAUUGUGUGUAUAGAUUGCCCAAGGUAGAAGGCAAU